UACAAGUGUUUUGUUUUGAAGUUUCAAAUGGAAAACGGAGAAUUAUUAACGACAAGUUUUUAGAAAAGUGUGUCUAAUUUUAUUCUGGUUUUCAUCUAUGAUUUUAUUCAGUGUCCAGUGAAAUAGUAGUUAGUGUGUAUCAAUUGUGUGUUUUAGAUUUCAGCAUAAUAAGUAAUAAGGCUAUGGACUUACAUGAAACAAAUCAAUCAAAACGUGUAACGAACUUGAAAUUAACCUCAAGGAAAAGUGAUUUUCUAUGUUCAAUAGCCGGUGAAUAAUGGUUAGCUCCGAUAAAUACAAAAAUGAUGAACAUUUUGUGGAACUGUUUAAAAAGAAACACAACGAACAGUUCCAUGUAUUGGUUAGAAUGCAUUUAUCGUUUCUCUUGGAUAUGACUGCCGAGGAAAGUGAAUGCUUUUAUGAAAAAAGUAAAUUGCGGAAAUGGAAUCUAGUACCUUUUGGCAAAAAGUCCAAACAUAAGCAUCAUGAGGGAUCCAUUUUAUCUAAAGAAGUUCUUGACCAGGUGCAUCAAUUAAUAUGUUUUCUCAAGAUUGAAAAAAAUUUGACUGUAGAAGGUAUAUUUAGGCGGACUGGUUCACUCGAAAGGCAAAAUGAAUUAAAAACAAGUCUUUUGCAAGGUAUUGCAAUAAAUUUAGAGGACAGUGUGUUUACGGUCCAUGAUUGUGCCUCUGUGUUAAAAGGAUUUCUGGCUGAUUUGCCAGAACCAGUUAUAACUGAUAUUCAAUUUCCUUUAUACUGUCAAAUAGCAGAAUCAUUUAGGCUGCACGAACCAAGUCAUGAAUUGAAAAUACUUCAAACUAUACAGCUGCUUUUUGUUUUAUUGCCUAAAGAAAACAAAUGUCUCCUUCAAGACCUCUUCGAGCUGUUGCACCUUGUAACUCUACAAGAAGAAUCAAACCGAAUGUCAUCGGAAAAUUUAGCUAAACUUUUUACUCCUCACUUAUUGUGUCCGAGAAAAUUAGCACCUGAAGUGUUGCUCAGAGAUUCACAAAUGCUGUUUGGCAUCGUGGCAUUUAUGAUUACAAAAUUUCCAAAAUUAUUCAACAUUCCAUCAAAGCUUUUACUGGAUUUUAAAAGUCAUUAUGAACGGGAAAGCCUGCUUAAUGAGUCUGUUAAAGGUGCUGCACAUACAGUGUUUACAUUCGUUGAUAACGAAUUAACUGCCAAAGAAAAUGAGGAGAACGUUACUGACUCUGCUCUAGCUCAGUUGUAUGCCCACAUCCAGGGAUUGCCGGACAGUUCCAGAAAGCGAAAACUUGUGAAGCAGUUUAAUAAACAAAAUGGCCAUGGCACUCCACUGCAAGUUAUCCGAAGUUCGGUACCAAAGAAUAAAAGUUUCAGCGAUUCCAUCAAGAAGCACAUGUUUCAUAAAAAGCUUUUAAAAAAUGCCCGAAUAACGGGUUUAUCGCAGUUGAAGAACGCCAGUAGUGAGGAAUUACUGAAUAGCCCUACCAUUCAACACAAAACGCCCACUAGGGCGCGACUUUUUUGUCAUAAUUUUGACAGUUGUUCAGAUGACGAAACUACGCCCAAAAAACUGAAGGGAUCGCAGGGAACACCUGUAAAACGCUCUAGAAGUAAAAGUGACUCAGAUUUAGGAAUGCCGGGACUUCCCGGGAAUUAUUUGACUAGUACUCCAGCUUGUCUCCUAAGUCGAGCAAGUGAUGUUUUCACUCCAGAUGAGCAUAGUAGAAAGAGCAUGUCGCCCAUUACUAGGUCUGCACAAAGAAUGUCGAGAGCUAUGCAGGAAACCAUGAUGACCCCUCGCAGUAGAAAACCCGUUCUUUUGGUAUCUGGCACCAACAUAAACAACCUCGCCAAAUCAAGCCCUACAUUACCACAUUUACAAGAAGAGACAAUUAGUCGACCCGUCUAUGAACCAUUGGAAAGUAAAAUGUUAAAAGAAAACACACUAAGUACUCCGCAAUCGAAUAAUGAUGAAAUUAGAUCAGGAGGCGGACGACUUUUCAAAUCAAAAAGUGAUGGCGUUUUGAAAAAUGACAACAUUACUUCCCAGGAAAAAUUCAAACCAAAUAAAACCGAUAGCCCGAAAUCGCUGAGUACAAACUUUAAACACUACUUGAACAGUCGGGAUAUUGUCGCUUUUGACAGUCCUACUGAUUCCAGUUUUUCAAGCCGUUCAGAUGAUUUUCAAUCGUACACUGAAGGGCCUAAAAAUGAAUCAAUUUAUUUAAAAGAUCAUUGUGACACACACGUAGAAUCUGAUCAACAGUUUUCAAAUUCUAUGCUGUAUAUAUUAAACGGUAACAGUCCUAGUGAGGAAUGUCUGAUGAACGAUAGUGUCGGGGAAAAGGAACUAGUUCUUAAACCAAGACAAUUUGAUGAGAAUGGGAAACCAAUUGUUUUCGAAACGUCGUUUUAAGUCUUCUGGGAAGAUAGAACACAUAACGAGUAUUUUAUUGACUAAUUUAAAGCUGCUAUUUGCCAGUUUUUUGAAACUUUGAUGAUAAGAAACAUUCAACAUUGUCAGUAAAGAAUCAACAUUGUUUGCCGAAUUUGCAAUAAUUGCAAAUAAUGCCUAACAAGUGUAUAGUUCAUCUCUUAUUGGAAGUUAUUGCAAGCAAGAUGUUGUUCUGGAAACAUUCUUACUUUCAAGACAGUCAUAGUCAUGUUGAUACGCUGCAGCAAGAAGGAAUAUUUUUUGUUAUUGACUGUAUUGAUAUUUUAUGACAAUAAAGGAUGUCCAACUUACAAUUA